ACAGAGGGCGGGCGCCGCGCGCUGGCGGGUGAGGGAACGUCAGGGAGUGUGUGAGGCGCGGGGCGAGUGUGAGCUGUAGGGGAUCCAGAUGCUGCCCUCGGCGCCGUGCUUCGUGCUCCUGGCGCUGCUCUCGCGCCGUCCCGCGGGGGCGGACGUUCAUUGCAAGUGGAACGUGGACAUCAAGAUCUUCCAGGACGCGAACGUCAUGACGAACAUCAUCCAGGAGCAAUGGCCGGUGGCCGACCUCCACGAUCUGAUUCAGAAUUUGACCGAUCAGGAAAUCGAUCCUCUUCAGAAGUAUGGGAACUAUCUUGCUUUCCCUUACUACCUUCAAAUUGAUCUCGACUGUGGAACAAAGAAAAACAGCAUGCUAUUUCGGCGAUCAGCGCACUUUCAAGGAAUGAAACCGUUCGUCACAAUAACGUUUCAGAAACCUGUCCACGCAGUUUUUGAAAAGCCGGAUUUUCUGGAGCUUCAAAUGACAGCCAUACCACUGGCUACUAACACUAAAAAUUGCAAGAGCGAAAUUUGUGACAUAGCCUGGUACCUUCCUCUGCCAUAUAGGAACGGGUCUGUGAGAUCUGAAGCGCACAUCAGAACCAAUGGAAUUGGCUUUCACAUACCGGACCGAAAGUUACUUUUAAACAUUGAUGGAUACGCAAAGGACACAACUGCAGGAUCCAAUGGGAAGCUUGAAGUCCACGAACAUAUCAUUGGACGCCAACUGAAAGACAUUUCAGACAUGCUAUUAUAUCCCGUAUAUCCUCAACCUCUGUGGUUUGUGAACGACGUUACUCCUGUCCUCAUUUUGGGAGGAAUGUGGGACCAGAAAAUCAUCCUUUUAUCUACCACGGAGUUUGAUACAUUUACUGCAGUGGAGGUGGCCGUUGACAGCUGUUGGCUCAGUAGACUCUCCUGCCCCGAAGGUGAUUACUCAGCCACCAUACAUGACGCUAUUGCCAUGGAGAGUAUGCUAUUUUUUCGUCAGAAUCAGCUGAUGUAUUAUUUCAGAGGAAAUUACAGCUUGCUACCACUGGUGUCUGGUGGAUCAGAGCGUUGGGUACGUGUGAUGAGCAACAUUUGUGUGGGCAGACUGAUCCCAGUGUUCCAUUCACAGGAUAUCGAAGAGAAGAUUUUCAUCAUUGGAAGUGGUCAACAUAAAGCUUAUCUCUUUCUGGGCACCAUCAAAGAUGGAGAGUUGACAAUCACUACUGUGACAGAAACUCGAAAGAUAUGUCGACACAUAAAAAGAGAUUGCAGUAUAAUUUGGGCAUCGUUGGAUAAUCUCAAUGACAUUAUUGUGAUAUUGGUGGAAGGUGUAUCAUUUGUCAAGCAAGGGAUAUUAUACUACCUGAUGCAUUAUUCUUUAAAAACAAAACGGUGCAAGCUUCACUUUAUACUUCCUCAAUUUGUACCCAAAGAGCAGCGUAGCUUUGUGAUAAUACUCGGUAUUGAAGAAUAUACAGACUAUCCUCUGGUUGCAAAAGGAAUUGCAGUCAAUGCAGAGAGCUCAAUGUCCUUCUUAUGGGGAAACUUUUUAUUCACCAGUUACAAUGGCAUCAACUGGCUGGCGAUCCCAAAUAUUCCUCCGACUACCGUUAUUGAUUACUUUGUUUCUUCUUGGAAGGGAGAUUUUGUCUUUGUCGCUGACGGGAAAGAGGUGUGGUACGGCGUGGAAGGUAGCCCAGAGGUCAUCCGCUUGCGUCCUUCGACCAGUUGGAAUUUGUAUUUGAGUCUACAGAUGUUAAAUAAGCAUCAUAGUUACUCCACUUCGGAGAGUAUGUUAUCCAUCUUUUUUGACAGGAAUAAGGAAUUACAGGAGUUGGUCCGUGUGCAGUACUUUAAUGGCACCAAAAUCUUCAAACGGAGAUUUCCACUUAAUGAAAUAUUAUCCCAUGCAAGUUUCUCUACACUGUUCUUCUCCAAAGAAACUUCUGGGAAGAAGAAUUACAUUGAGUUUAUCCAGCGUUGUCCUUUCACAUCAAUGAAGUUCAAAAACUUGUAUAAUCUGCAGAAAUUUAAUCGGAUGCAACACUACAGAACCCAGCCACCUUGGACCUUCUCCGAACUAGGGCUGUACAACGAGUUGGCGCUUCAAACUUAUCAGGGAUUGAUUUACCAGAUACUCUGGCUGCAUUCUACCUUUUAUAGAUCUUACGCAGAUCAAAUACAUGACCCAACCUGGCGCUGGUGGAGAAAUCAAUUGCAGAAUGAGUAUUAUUACUUCUAUAUGGCCAGUAACAAGCUUACGGAUUAUGGAUUCCACGUGGAGACAUUUGAUUACCAGAAGGUGUAUGAUCUAAAGCCUUAUGGGAGCCUCCCUCACUCUGUAUACCUGGACAUGAAUGCCUCGUAUGAGUUUUCUGUCUACUUUUCUUUGAAAAGCACCAAUAUUCUUCUGGAGAAGUAUAUGAACGAGGUGUGGCUGAUAGCACUGACUUCCAACCCCAAAUACAUUCAUAUCUCUUUAGUCAGACAAGAGGAAUUCCAUCGAGACACUCUGGUGUACCAGGUCAAGGUACAAGAUCGUUCUCUGUACGUAGGUCAGAAUCUGCCGGGUGAAAACUUAAAAUCGAUCUCCGUUAUAUUCAAGGUGGUGAAUUCUGAACUCUCCUGCUUUCAUGAAUUGGGCGGAACUUUGUUGAAUCAGGGCAAAAAUUCAAUGAAAAUAUUCAUAGGCUGCCCACCUGGUAAACGGCUCGCAUUCGAUAUUUUCCAAACAAUAAAAUACAUGACUCAAAAAAACACCCAAUUCUUUGACUGUAUUUAUCCUAAAGUGGAUAUGCCGUGCUUCUACUAUGAAUACGUAUUUCAUCCUUUUUUCUUGACUCAAGAUUUGGUAACGGGAGAAUCUGAUCGGUUUAAGGGCAGCUACACUUUCAAAAUAAUUGGAGGCGGCCCAUAUAAUGUGGAAAAUAUUCGAUAUUUUUACCAGGAUGAGAUCAUGAACUAUAACUCCAUACUCUUCAGAAAGGAGUAUGCAGCCAUCUGGAAACCCUUUCGAGCUAAAUCAACUGACAAAUACACUGAUGACGGGUUCUAUAUCUUCAACGGCAAUUCCACCCAAGGAAUCGUGUGGAUCUGUGAGAGAUACUCGCCAUGCGCCAAUGUCCUAGGAGGCUUUCACAGUCCCGAGUACAUCCUGAUCAUCGAAGUGUCCAACAGGGGAAUAGAUGAAAGUACCUACUGUGAUUAUCGCCUGGAGUUCCUGCUCCACCUACAUGGAUUACCACUCGGCCCUUUCCUAGGACUCCAUUACAUGCUGAUUACGUUGGCAGUCAUUUGGUGUAUUCUGCUGAUAUUCAUAAUUUUCCGCUGCUUUCAAAUCUGGUUUGGAGAACGGAUCAAAAAGUCAAUAGCAAAGAUCGAUCCAAGAAUCGUGCCCACCACAGAGUCAGAUAUCUUAUAUGUUCACCCAACCUUGAAUGGCUUCCAAGGGGACGAUUCCUCCACCUCCUCAACCACCACUGAACACAACUCGGGCUUAUCGAAAUCAGGCUCCAAAACAGGCUCCCCAUUUACUCAUUACCGACUUAAAACAAACCCUAACAGCCGGAAAGAGUCAGUUUGAGAGUGUGGAUCCGUUCCUAGAAGCUGCCUCAGGUAGGAGGGAAAUGGAGAGCGAACAGCAGCUAACGGACACCAGGAGAGACAGACAGCACAGGGCACAGAAACAGGAUUCCAAAACCUUAGAAAUCAAGGUGCUGAGGAGACUGUCUCCUUAAACUCCCAUUAAGGCUUCGCAUUUUAUUCUAUCCUUCUCACCGAGGAUUUAAGAAUCUCCUGUGAGUGUUUGAUCUCUGGGUCAAUUCAUUUAGUGAGAAGCUCCAAGGCUGCCUGUGUUUGUUUGUCAUUGACCUUGUGUCUGAUUCACCCCAAGGGCUGCUGUAUUGUGUUUCACCUUCCACUUUAUUAAAAAUUAGUUAUGUUU